AUGGUUGAAGAGCAAACGGACAGAUUCAAACUUGCCAUGGCAAAUGCUAACAUGCCUCAUAUGGACUGUCUUCUGCAGGUACUCCUGGAGAAGAACAUUCCUGUUAUUUGUAAGCACAUUCCUGUUAUUUUGAUGUCCUCAGAAAGAAGUAUAAGUGCAGCUAUUAAAGCCAUAGCUGAAGGGGCUUCUUUCUUUCUCCAUAAACCCAUUUCUUUGGAUGAUUUGAAGUAUAUCUGGCAGCAUGCGUAUAGAAAGAAAAGAAGCUUCAUCGAUCCAAGCAUAAAUGCUCCUUUCCAGGGCACUAGUCAUGAUCAAAAUGCUCCUAUUAAUGAUACAAAAUGUAAGGGCAAGGAUAAGCAAAUUGAAGUGUUCAUGACUCCGGAUUGCAGCAGCCAGAAUCAUGGUGGAUCCGAAAUGAAGAGGCCGAAUGUGGAUAAGCAGGGAUACAAGGAAGGAAAAAGACUUAAAAUCAUAGGAGAAGGUUAUUCCAAAAUAGAAGAGGAGGAAGAAAAUAAACAAACGAUGAACAGCUCCUUGGAGAAAAGACCUCGAAUUCUUUGGACUCCAGAUCUUCAUCUCAAAUUUACUGGAGCUAUUAGUGCUUUAGGUGAUCAAAAAGCUCGUCCAAAACCAAUAUUAGAAAUCAUGAAUGUGCCUCAUUUAACACCGCGCCAAGUUGCUAGCCAUCUCCAGAAAUACAAAUCUCAAGUGCAGCGUAUUUGCGAAACUGGCACCUCUAAUUUACCUGCACUAAGCAGAUCAUCUAAUUUCUAUGGCAGGACCACAAAUUUUGAUACCCUAGUGAAGCAAACUAUUUCCCCCAUUUGUGACCAAGGAAGACCAUAUUCCGACUUUGGAAUUACAGGAGAUAUGCUUCAGAUAUUGAAGGCACCAUCCGGCAAUUUUACUUCAGAUAUCACCUCAUUCUACAGUUCACAAAAUAAGAACCAAGUGCUAGGGACAUCAGGUGGGACAACACCAGAGUUGGAUUCUUUGGCAGGACAGUUCAGUUCAGGCAAUUAUGAGCCAAAUGCAGUCAAAUUUCCAACAGACUCCAUGGAUAGGAACCAAAAGCUGGAUUUCAUGCAAGUCUCAAAAACUACGCCAGCCAUUGGGCCUAAUGCAGACAAGUUUCCGGCAGACUUCAAUAUUAAUGACUGGGAUGAAGAAUUCGAUGUGGUGGCAAUUUUAAAUCUAAUUUCAGGAGAAAUGCCUGAUAUAGAAAAUAUUCUGACAGCUUCCAGUGAUUGGAACCCAGAGCAGGUUGUUAUGGAAGUUUCACAUCCAACUACAAGAAAUAUGUCAGAGGCAGACACAAGUCAUGGCAAACAAAAGCGGGAUGCUACAUCUGUUUCAGUUUCAGCCCCUCCUGGUUGUUCCAUAUAUCAAAGCCAGCCUCUGUUGGAUCUUGCUGAUUUAUUGAAUAUUCUAGAGGAAGAACCUGCUGGCUUCAAUGGUUUGGCAAGUGAUUAUGAACCAAAUCCAGGUGAUAUUGAUAGAUACUGUGAGUGGCUAACAAAUGUAAUGCUUGGAAAAGCUGAUGAUAAUCGCGAUGCUGCUGAUUUCAACUAUGGAAGUGCACAAAAAACCAACAUAUGA